CGUAAACACCAGGGUACCUCUGCAUCAACGCCACGACUCCUCACCCACCAUUUCAUCUUCCCAACCCCUUCAAAUUAUCAUCUACUUCUCUUCGAUAAUAAUGGCAGACCGUCCGCGAUUUUCCAGCGACCAGCUAACCCAAUUCUUCGACCGCAUCGGGUUAUCAAGACAAAAACGGAUUUACUCCGUAGGGGGACGAACCGACGAUGACAAGCUAAAGUAUUUAUACCUCCUCAAGAAACACACCCUCGUGCGCAUCCCAUUCGAAAACCUCACAUUGCACUACUCAUGGCACCGCACAAUCAACGUGCGCCCGCAGCAUCUCUUCAACAAGAUCGUGUCCCCUCCUAGUCGGCGCGGGGGUUAUUGCAUGGAAGCGAAUUCCCUAUUCCAUACUGUGCUCCUCAGUUUAGGAUACCAAGCUUUCAUGGCCGGCGCUCGAGUAUGUAGCAAGGACACCGGGAAAUAUGGUGGUUUUUCGCAUUGUGUUAAUAUCGUGAUUAUCGGGAAUGAACGCUGGAUGCUGGAUGUGGGAUUCGGCGCGAAUGGACCUACGAUGCCGAUGCAUUUAUCGCAUGAAUUUUAUGCAUCGCAUGUCAGAGCUUCCCAGGCGAAAACUCGUGUUGUGCAUGAGCCGAUUCCGCAGAAUGUUGAUCAGAGCCAGAAGAUUUGGAUUUAUCAGUUCCAGAUAGGUCCUGGAGAGGAGUGGGUGCCGCAGUAUUGUUUCGUGGAUACUGAGUUUUUGCUUGAGGAUAUUAGAUGCAUGAAUUUGAGUCCGUGGAAGAGCCCGAGUUCCUGGUUCACGCAGAAAGUGGUGUUGACGCGGUUCACAACUCACUUGGAAAGGGAGAAGGCAGACGAUUUAUCAGAUGGCCCCGGAUCUGCGAGUGAGGGGGUGAUAUCGCGGGGAGAUAUAGAUGGAGCGUUGAUCUUGUUCCAUGAUUCGCUCAAGUGGCGACGUUUUGGGCGGACGAAGCUUGAGAUUAAAUUUAGCAGUGAUGCGGAGAGGAUCGAUGCUAUAAGGAAGUAUUUUGGGAUUGAGUUGGAUGAAGAAGAUCGAGAAGCUAUCCGAGGCACGGUGGGUGAGAUCAGGUCAGUUCCUAAUCUCUUUGAUUAGGCCUUCAUUAAUUCAUUCUAUACGAAAAUUAUCUCCACAUACCUGUAUAUUGACAAUAGGGACUCUAUAUUAAAAUCUGAAGAAUCCAACACCUUGAAAUUGGCAGCCUCUCAUGCUCUUUCUGGAUGGGUUUUCAAAAGAAAGUGCGCCGAAAGCGGCCGCAUUACUAUUACUCUCUAUCAACAAACCUGUGUGAA